AAUCAUUCAAAAACAAGUAAUUCAAAUAAAAAUGCAGCAAGAUAAAUACAGUGAGUUGCUGAAUAAGCUGGAAAACGACGAGCUAGAGAAUAUUUCACCAGGCGCUGAGCUUUACCAGCAGCUGAUGGCGAUUUAUCUUUAUCAAAACAAACUUGCCAGUGCAAAGCUACUUUGGAUGCGUAUAUCUAAUAAUCUGAAAGAGAACAACAAAGAACUGGCUCAACUAAAUCUGCUGAAUCUGGCGCUGCAACACAAUAAAUAUUCCGAAUUCUUCAAGUAUAUUAAAUACGAAUGGUCCGAGAGCAACAAGCUCAUAAUUGAUGAUCUUUUAUUCAAGCAGCGCGAGGAGCUCUUGAACUUGACAUCCAGCGCCUAUGUCUCCAUUUACGAGCACAAUCUGCUGCAGAUGACGCAAAUGACUCCGGAUGAACUGAAAAGUGCCUGCUUGGGUUGGACGCGCGAACAGGAUGGUGAAGAGCAUAUAUGGCAACCGAAAAUUAAGGAACCGACUCCUAGCAUUGCCAGCGAUGAUCAGUUGCUCAAGUUGACUGAAUUUGUGUCAUUUUUAGAAAAUUAGUGAAUACAAAUUAAAUUAUUUUAUUUGUCAA